AUGUGCAGUGAAAGUGUUUUCCACGACAAGCGCCAGAAGAAGACCCAAAACAAACUCAUAAUUUCCUGCUGCGCCUUGAUUCAUUUCCUUAUUCAAUAGGCCGACUACAGCGAGGCCAAGACUCAUCUUGAGCAGCUACAGCAGACGCUGACGCACUUGGAUCACCAUCACCCCCAUUCGCACUCGCAUCCACAUCACCAUGGGCUGUAUCACACGGCGCCAAAUACAUCGACUAUAACCACAGAUUCGGUGGUUUCCUGUGUCACCUCAACACUGCCGGUUAUCGGCAAGGCCACAUCCUCCGCAUCUUCCUCUAGCUGCGCGAACUCAGAAUCGGAGCGCAAGAAAUGCCACAAUCACAGUCACGGCGAAAUGGAAGUGAGCCACACGCUUAUGGAAGCCAUCUGCACUCUCCCCCUGCCCACGCAUGGCCAAAGGUCGCCAACCUGUUGUCUGUCCAUGUCCGGAAAUUCUACGCCACCUGCAGGAGCUCUUAUGAAUGGCUUGGCCACCAACGUCAACGGAGGUACUACAUCUCUUUGCAAUGACCUUGUUCGAGAAACGUCCUGGUAUGCGCAUCAUCACCAUCAUCAUCACCACCAUCAAUUGGCGGAUGAGCUAGUUAUGUACACGACUCCAGCGCCGACGGCGGCAGCGGCAGCCGCCAUUGGCAAAUUUGGGCUGGACACUUCCACGGAGGGUUACUUGAACGCAAGGUACAAUGUGAAUGUCAAAGGCGUGCGCCAUGAAAGAACAUCAACUUUCUUCGACAUACCCGCUGUGACACACCCCCACCCGCACCCGCAUGCCCACCCACUUCCUUAUUGCUACAGGUUUCCACCAUCGCCACCCGCGGGCAUUUUGAAGAAGAGCGACGAAGAAUCGGCAGCUGCUGCCGCCGCCGCUGCUGUAUAUUGCAAUGAUGUAUCAGUUGGUCAGCACUUUCAUCAGCACAACACCAAGAUUGAGCAUGCCGACUCCACCACAACAGCCGCCGCUGCACAGCAACAUCAACAUCAACAACAACAGCAGCAGCAGCAUCAUGAUUCACUGCAUUCUCAUACCCAACAUCAACAGCCGCAGAAUACACAUCAGCAGGCACAUGCUCACCUAACUCCGGUGCACGCAGCCUCCGCCUUUAAAUUUAGUCAUACGGCCGUAAUAUCCAGCUCGGCUGUCUAUGCCGCGGCUCCACACUAUACCCACCAACAGCAGCCGAAUCCCCAGACACAUGGCGGGUCUAUUGCCACUGUCUAUCGUGAUAUUUCACCUAGCACAGCCACGGGCAGCGAGACAGAUCUUAAAUACGACAGUGGGCCUUACAACGCCACUAUAUCUUCCACCUAUCCACCACCAUUGCGUCCUAGUGUGGUUGACUCCACAACUUCCAGUGAUGCGGAGCUGCGCCUUGAUCAGUUUUACGCUAGCAAUGCAAUAUCCACCAGCAGCAACGCGCAGACCAUCAGCCAGCGUCGUGGCUCGCUCCAGUUAUGGCAGUUUUUGGUGGCCCUACUUGACGAGCCCGCCACUAGUUCUAGCUGCAUCGCCUGGACAGGUCGCGGCAUGGAAUUUAAACUCAUUGAACCGGAGGAGGUAGCUCGCCGUUGGGGCAUACAGAAGAACAGACCAGCUAUGAACUAUGACAAGCUUUCGCGUAGCCUUCGCUAUUACUAUGAGAAAGGAAUCAUGCAAAAAGUCAAUGGUGAACGCUAUGUCUAUCGCUUCGUGUGUGAUCCGGAUGCGCUCUUUAACAUGGCAUAUGGGCACCUUACCAGCAAGCAAGCAGACCAGCAGCAUCAGUUGACCUUGUCGUUGGCGAAGUCAUCGCCGGAGUCGCAGUCGCAACUUCGCGUGCAAAAAUCGACAACUGCAGAUUACUACGACAGUGGCUUGCAUAAGUACCAGUAGGCGGACUGUGGGAACACCACUUUGUGGGUGUAACAGCCAUGUCUCAUGUAUAUUGUGUAAUUUAAUUUUGUAUGGGUGUGUGGGGACACACUGCUUUCCUGUGCGACUGCGUUUCGUUAAUGAAAAAUACCAAAUUUGUAACGGCCCAACUUGAGAAACUGUUGGCAAGCAGUGCUUAGAAGCGUCAAUCGGUCGGCCACCAUAAAAAAUCGAAGCCUAUCGAGCAACGAUCACGUCACAAUCGUUUGCCGGUCUAAUUUCUAUUUGAAUGAUUACAUAUAGAGUGUAGACCGGAAAAGGUGUUUUACAUUUUCAUGUAUUUGAUUAUUAGAUGGCUAGCGUUAGAUGCGUAGCCCAUCUAAGCGAGGCCUUAUCAGCAGCAAUUACAUACAUACAUCAAAUUUCAUUCAUAUAUACAAACGAAAGAGUCCACUACUAAAAUGUAAUCGCGCUAAGGUUGAGUUAACGUAUUUAAAUAAAGUAUAUACCGUUUUUGUUCGUUACACAAACCAGCCGAUAA